AUGGCUAGUUACCGGAAAUUCUCAAACCUUCCACUAAAGAAGACUUCCUCCCAUGCGCGCUCUUUUGAGGCAGAUGCUAGUAGAAUCCGUAUGGUCAUCAGCAUAAUGUGA